AUGUCGGCUACUAUGGCGGUUGGGUUACAGGACCCCGAAGGAGCAAUUCUCAUGUGGACCAAGCUCCAAGUUCCCAAGGAUCUGGAGCUGAAUAUCGAAUGGGAUGGAUUAUUUCUGCCACUAAUUCAGGCCCCUGGACACUCGGGGUCUGGAUGGGCCAGAUUUGAGAACUCGGACACAAUUCUUCUGGUAACAGAAUGGAAGAGGGCUUUGGACCAGAGAGGGUUCAUAGCCUCGCCUUCCGCCCAGCUCUACCAUGAGGAUCUCAAGAGUAGAGGAAUAGUACAUGUAUCCUCCCAUGAGACACGCUCUUCGAGAUUCAUAUUCUUCGACCCUCUUAUGUGUUCAUACCUCCAAUUGUUUUGGAUUUACUUUGCCGCACCUGUCACAGAAGCCCAGCUUGUCCAAAUUUCGAAGAUAAAAUCCAUUCGUGGGGUGGCUAUAUUGAAAAACUUCACCAAUGAUCUUGAAAAGAGUCGUGACUAUCUUUAUCCUAUCAAGAUGUGGGCCAACCACAUAGAAUCCGUGGAUGGUCAGGAGGCUCAGUUGCUGUUGUGGCCACAUUUCUGGAAGAGUGCAAAAUUGGCCGAAUUUCGGCACGCUGGAAAAUAUGUUAUGUCUGGUAAUAGUCGUUUCGGUUCCGGAUCCCGACAGGAGAGGUUCUGUGAGAACCUGGAUAAGUUAGAACCUAUGAGCUGGAGGGAAGAUAUUUUAUCUUUUAGACGUAUCCGUGAGAUUUGA